AUGGAGCGAGUUCGUGGAGUUCUUGCCGGACUGCCACCGCUGGAGCUGGAGCUGGAGGAGCUUGGGGAUCCUGCGUCGCUUGCUCCACAGCCAGAAGCGCCUUCGCCAGCUGGUUCGGUCUAUACGCCGGUAAAUGCUCCCUCGACCUAUUGGCGGACCACCAUCUGCCCCUCUGCGCCCCACAAAAGGCACCCGCCAAGGCCGUCGAGUGCUGAGUCGACACCAAGAUCCUGUCCGACACCGACGUUAUCCUGGCCAUCUGCCCCAAGUCCGACGCAAAACUAUUUGGGCGCCUUUGGGCUGCCAAGUCCCAUGGAGAAGAACAGCACGUUGAGCUCUGCUUUCCCGCAGGCCUUUGUUCCAAGGACCCGCCGUGCCUACAAUCGUCCGUCCACAAGCUUCGUCAAUGUUCUGGGAUCAGUCGGGUCCUUGGAGGCCCUGAUUUUCUCAGAGUGCUCGGAGCGAGAGACAAACCUGCAAAGAGCUUCGGAGCAGCUCCGACACCUGCGGCGUUUGGAGCGCGUCGCCUUGGCCGGUGCUGAUGUCCGGCGCUUGGCACAGCUCCGACAGCUUCAGCAGGAGCUCCUGCGUUUCGCCGAUCUUCGAUCUUCGCGGUCCCUGCGAUUUCGAUCUGGCGAAGAUGAUUUUGCCGUCGACUCCGAAGCUGAAAAAAGUGUGGCGUCCUUGCUGAGGGAUGUCCGCCACUGGCACGCAGAGUUGAGACGACUGGAGCAGCACGAAGCCCAGCUGAAUGAGAGCUUCAGCGGACCCAUAGCCUUGGCGACUGCGGAGAUCUCGGUGCUUCGUCAAGUGUUGGCAGAACAGGAGGAGGGCAGAAAGGCUUGCGAGGAAUGCCUGCGGCAUCCAGCCCGCACUUCGGCUUUGCCGUUGGGCGGGACACCACCAAGCACUUUGAGCACUUGCAACGCAAGUGUGGCCGCGGGAAUUCGCUUGGCGACCGGUGCCGCGCGUGCCCAGCUCCCCAAAAUCCUUGCAAUGACAGUGCUUCGGCGAGCUUGCACAUUGCCCACUGCACCGGAACACAUCUUGGAACCCGAAGAGGAGCUCGUGCCCAAUUUGCCGCUGGACCGAACAAUCUCGGAGCCUCAUAAUUUGGAGCGUGUGUUAUUGGAUGCUCCAGACACGCCUCACAAGUCUAAGGUCGCUGAAUCAAGCGGACCCGGGCUCUCCAACACCAGUCCCGAUAAGCCCGAAGAGAAGAACCUCCGACGCCGGCUCCGAUUAGCCAGCGAUAUCGUGGCAGAGACCGACUAUGACUGUGGUGCAGUGGCCAAUCGCAACGAGUGCGGCCUGCAGGUCUAA